GCCUUUCCGACGACUGGAUAGCAAUGGAGAUCUGCAGUGGGACAAAAUAAAUAAGCUGGAGAAAGGCCAAGUGUAUAAACAGGGCAACCUUUUUGACUUCCUCCGGCUCACAGGCUGGCGUGGAUCCAAGGUGCUCUAUUUUGGGGACCAUCUCUACAGUGACCUGGCGGACUUGAUGCUGAGGCAUGGCUGGCGGACAGGGGCCAUAGUUCCUGAGCUAGAGACCGAGACAAAAAUGGUCAACACAGAACAGUACUCCCAAGCACUCACUUGGCUGCAAGCCUUAACUGGAUUGCUGGAACGAAUGCAG